UUCCUUUACAAAACUAUAUAUCAAUAUUCAUAAAUCUUCGUUGCAUAGAGAAGAAAUCCUUAGCACACAGAAUCGAAACUCCAAAGCGAAAGAGAAAAUGGACGCCAUUGAUUCUGUCUUCGAUCCUCUCAGAGAAUUCGCCAAGGACAGCGUCAGGCUCGUCAAGCGCUGCCACAAACCAGAUCGCAAAGAAUUCUCCAAGGUUGCGGUGCGAACUGCUAUUGGUUUCGUUGUGAUGGGAUUUGUUGGCUUUUUCGUCAAGCUGAUUUUCAUUCCUAUUAACAACAUCAUCGUUGGAUCUGGUUAGGAUAAAGGAAACUACAAUCGCCUCAGGAAUUCAAGCUGUGAAGCAUAAGGAGGCAGAUAGAACAUUCAGUGCAUUUAAUUUUAGUUUUGUAUUGGUUUUUCCAUAGUUCUUUUUUCUGAAACAUUACAGUUUAACAUGUAAAAUUACAUUUUUCCAUGUGUUAGAAUUUUGACCCAUUUUUCAAGGAGGAAAAAGUUAAGAUAA